UUAGUCUCGAUUCAAUCGGCAUCAUUGUGCCGACAGCCUUUUCCCGAUAACCUCUUUUUUUUCCUACGACUCCACGAUAAUCUCGACGGCUGCUUACGAAUGGAAAUUCAACUUCUGUCACAAUUACAUACUUUCAAGCUUACAUAAAGUUUUACGCGACACUUAAUUAUCCUUUUUAAAUUAAUGAAAGCUCAAAAGAAACAUGUCGCCGUCUAGACCUCCCUCCAUCACUACCGGAUCUCGGCCUUAUCCUCACGAUCAUGCUCCAUUAACCCCGAGCGGCCUUCGACAGAGUCGCACAGUUUCUUCUUCCUCAAUGAGUGGCGACGAAGCGACGAGAAAUCCUGCUGGCCCCAGCACCCAAUACGAUUCUACCCACGAUGAUACGAAUGAAACCAGCGAGACUACAUCCCUUCUUCGUAACGAUCACGCACACGACGGCCCUUGCGAUCAUGGUACAUUUUCUCCUCGCGCUUCUAGUCCACCACCCAGAGCUGGCAUUCUGGAUGGUGAAGGAGGGUCAGUAGCGGAUUCAGACGGGUCUGCGCCGUCUAGCGAAACACAACUGAAGGGUAAUUGGAGGAAGACAUUUUCCAGUAAGGUCAAGAGCAAGAGAAUGACAGACUCGAGUACACUCGCACAACAACAUGGUGUUAAGGAUUCGUGGGGCAUGUACUUGUCCUACUACAUACCAUUCCUAAUAUGGAUCAAGCAGUACAAGUGGUCGUGGCUUAAGGGCGACUUUACGGCCGCUAUUACCAUCGCAUCUAUGUACCUCCCCAUGGCGCUGUCGUACGCCGAUAACCUGGCCCACGUUCCUCCAAUCAACGGUCUUUAUGCUUUCGCCAUCAACCCCUUCAUGUAUGCACUAUUAGGCAGUUGCCCGUUGAUGGUGGUGGGACCCGAAGCAGCUGGCUCCCUUCUGAUUGGAUCUAUUGUGAAGAACAGCAUCGACCUAGGUCACGGUGAAGACGAUAAUGCCGUCUUACAAGCGAAAGUGGCUGGUGUGGCUGUUGGUAUUGCUGGUGCUACUGUCUUUCUCAUGGGCGUAUUUCGUCUAGGUUUCCUCGACAGUGUUCUAAGCCGACCAUUCUUACGUGGCUUCAUAUCCGCUAUUGGUGUCGUCAUCUUCAUCGAUCAGUUGAUUCCUGUUUUGGGGCUUAAUCGUGCUGCGAAAACUGCGCCGGGCGUCGCGCACGGCAGUACCGUUAAGAAACUCGAGUUUGUAUUGACCCACCUCGCUGACAGACAUGAACUCACAGCACUCGUGGGCGUUGUGGGGUUUGUGGUUAUUAUGGUACUUCGGGAGAUCAAGAGACGAUUACAGCCACGAUAUCCUGGAGUGGCAUACUUUCCUGAUCGACUUAUCGUCGUUGUGCUCUCUGCUGUAUUAGCAUGGUCUUUGGACUGGGAGGGGAACGGUGUUCCGGUACUUGGCAAAGUCGAAGCAGCAUCAGGUCAUAUUUUCACUUUCCGCAAUCCCUUCCAACUGUCGCACAUGAACCAUAUUCGAGAUGCUAUGGGUACUUCCUUUUUGAUUGGCAUGCUGGGAUUCUUUGAAUCUUCAGUUGCUGCCAAGAGUUUAGGCGGAGAGGAAAUCGUUGAAGGGAUGCAAUUGAGUCCUAACCGAGAACUUGUCGCACUUGGAGCAGCCAAUCUUGUCGGCGCAUGCUUCAUGGCAAUUCCGGCCUUUGGUGGAUAUGGUCGAAGCAAGGUCAAUAAGAGCACAGGCGGAAAGAGUCCCAUGAGUUCUCUUUUACUUAGUCUCAUCACCGUCAUAUGCAUCCUAUUCCUAUUACCGGCUUUCUACUACCUACCAAAACCUGUUCUAUCCGCCCUCAUCAUGGCAGUCGCCUGGUCGCUAAUCGAAGAAGCACCACAUGAUGUCUCCUUUUUCAUCCGAAUUAAGGGUUGGACUGAGCUUUCUUUGAUGGCCGUCAUCUUGGCUGUUACCGUUUUCUUUUCCCUCAAUCUAGGUAUCGCGAUUGGUAUUGGCUUGUCGCUUCUACAAGUUAUUCGUCAUGCCACACGUCCUCGCAUACAGAUUUUAGGACGAGUUCCCAACAGUGAUCGCUUCGCUAACGCCGAAGAACACCCCGAGGAUCUCGAAUUUGUGGAGGGUUGCUUAAUUGUGAAAAUACCCGAGCCUUUAACAUUUGCGAAUACAGGCGAAUUAAAGAACAGAUUACGUCGCCUUGAAUUGUACGGCACAGCCAAUGCGCACCCAGCCUUGCCACGUCUCCGCCCGCAAACCAGCAAUAGGAACGUCAUUUUUGAUAUUCAUGGCGUAACAUCGAUGGAUGGCUCUGGUACCCAGGUUCUCGAAGAGAUCGUGCGUAACUAUCGCGACCGAGGCGUCAGGGUUUUCUUUAGCAGACCCGUGAGUCGACAAAACAAGGUAUGGGAAUUGAUGGAGCGAAGUGGAAUUGUUGAACUAGUAGGAGGCAGACAUCGCUUUGUUGAUGAUGUGAAAGAUGCUCUACGUAUGACGGAGGUUGAAGACUUCGAGGAGACCGGAGCUUGCGCGGCCGCGAGUGAUGACCUUUCUCAAUCGGGAGAAUUGCAAGUUGAGAGAUGAAACUAAAGCUGGUAUUGCCUUACGAUCGAUUUUCACUGCCAUUACAGAACUGAUCUGUGAGGCAUUGACUCACUAAACGCGGAGCGUUGCGAGAGAAGUUACGACGAUGCCAGCAUGAGACCAUCAGAAAGACGACAGACAAUCAACCCCCAGCGACUAAGGCGCCGCAGCUUUAAGCCCAGAAAAAAACACAUCAAUUAUGGUAUGAGAGAUUGCCGCUCGUCAAUUGUUUUCAGCGGCUUCUUACCCCAGCUACAGGCGGAUAUUCAAUUUGGACA